AUGUCUGCGUCUCUUUUCUAUUCUCAAAGUCUCGAAAAUGUGAUUUUAUAUAAGGAAUACGAAUCCAUCAUUUCCCUCUCCAAGCAACUCGGCGAGCAUGUCCACCAGCUUCUGACCCAUCCGAAAUCUCCAGUUUUCGUAAUUUCCAACAAAUCGGCUCUUCUAAUUUUUAUCAAAACUUUCACACCGAAACCCAGGGUGAUGAGCGUCAAGUACCACGUAUCGCGUAGCGCCCGUCUGUGGGCCUACUGGAGCACUCUUCCACACCGAAUGCUCAAAAAGUAUCCGGAACAGACAAUCUUCUACGCGACGUUCGGCACCGCCACCCUCCUCAUCGGCGGCUACAAAAUGAAAAAGUAUUUGACGGAAAGCGAGAAGCCGUACUAUCGUGGCUACUACGACGUCGUUCGUUCCGACGAUCCGAUCGCUUUGAAUUGGAGAAAACCAGAGGAGUAUCCGGCUCCAUAUCUCCUCUCCAGCGUCGAAACCGCCCAUUAG